AUGGGUCCAAAGCUGAGAGCCUUGAGACCACCGGCCAAAACCAAGGAGGCAGGAAAGAGGAAGUCCUCCUCUCAGCUCACGGCCAGCAGCCCGAGGAAGACUCCCAAGUUGGCGAAGAAAGGAAAAGCAGCUCGUGGAGGGAGAGGCAGGAAGAAAAGUGCCGCUAAAAAGGUGGCGGCUGUGGGAGCCACUGAGGCAGGCAGCGGGCCAGCACCACCUCCCCGCCUCCACCGUGAGCCUCCGAGCCAGGAGCUUCCCCAGUGCAAGCUGCAGCCGAAGGAGAAGCCAGUGAGUGAGGCGACCCAGUCCGACCCACUGAGUCAGGAGACCCAGCUGGAGGAACCACUGAGUCGGGGGUGA